AUGGGCGAUAUCAUCCUCGACCCAACCGAUCCGACCAAAGCCCUCAGCAGUCCUUCCAGCCUUGCCGCCACAGAAAGCCACAUAGACUAUGACGUCCACCUCAGCAAGCACAAGUCACGCUCUCUCCACGGCAGCAUCUGGGCGAAAUUCCUCGAAGUUGCCGACGCGAAGCUCGGCGGCGGUGCAUCUAGCAACGUGCUUGCCAAGUACACCAUGGACCGUCUUGAGACGGUAUACUUCCGAAAACAACCUACAGACGACGAGGCAGCCGAAAGAGCCAAAGAUAAGCGGGUCCAGGCCGCGAUAAAUUCAGGAAUACUGGGAAAGAGACCCGUGUAUAUGAUCACUGGGUUGAAAAUCGCGAGGGGAUUCCGGCUCAGGAGCCAAGAUGCUUCCUCUAUGGAGGGAGAAAUUGGUGGCGGGGGUCAGGUCGUGCCAGAGGCGAGUAUAGGUGGUGGUGUGGAUUUCUCAGACAUGAAUGAUACGAAACAGUCGUAUCGGAUGGCGGCAGAAGAGGGGGUUGAUAUCUCGGUGUACAAGGCUAAGGCAGCAUUCUUGAAUGAAAAGGAGAUUAGACUUGAAGAGGAGGCAGUUGAGACUAGCGCUGCUGAUCAGGAGGGCUUAUGUGCGUUUGAUGAAGAGGCACCUGUACAGGUUCUUACUGCGAGGGGAGGUGACGAGACGUGUACUUGUAUUGUGUUUGAGGAUGAAUGA